AUUAUUUGAGUUCAAUUUUUCAGGUGUAAUAGUAUCUCUGUCUGCUAAAGGCUAUUUGCUUCCCAAGUGUUUUUAUUUUAUUUUUUAUACUCUUUAUCUCCACAACCAAAAGGCUCAAAAAAACCCAACUCAUCGAAAGCUAUGCAAUGCAAGUAAACAAAGCCUAAAAGACCCACCAAAACCACCACCACCCACCUACUUGGUCCCCAACUCACCAUCCCCGCCACCGCUGCAACCUCCAUGCCUCGCCGCCAUCCGUCAUCGUCCCCGCUUCUCAGUCCGCCGGUGCUCAUCAUACUCCUGCCCAUCAUCACCUUCCUCUUCCUCUUCUGCACCAUCCCUCCAUUUCUGUCCCUCACCUCUCAAAUCCUCCGACCCACAAUUUCCGUCAAGAAAAGCUGGGACUCCCUCAACGUUUUCCUCGUCGUCUUUGCGAUUCUCUGCGGGAUCUUCGCCAAGCGAAACGACGACGGAUCACCCGCCGAGGAGGAUCCUAUCCAAAAUGCUUCUGACCCGUUAAAUAAUAGUAUUGCCGCGAACAACACAACAAACACAUCAGAACCCGAAGUCUUGCUUCCACAACAAUGGUUUGGAUUUUCAGAGAGGCCACCGGAAACCAGCGGUGGCCGGUUGCGGAGGAGCAGCAGCUCCUACCCAGAUCUGAGGCAGCUCGGCCAACAGUCCUCAUGGGAAUCUGGAGAUCACAGCAAGUCUCAGUUUCGCUUCUUCGAUGACUUCGAAAUCAACAACACUACUUAUCAUCGUACUCCGCCGCCAGUUUCGCGCCAAAGCCGCUCCCGUGAGUACUCGGAUGUAAUUAAGGAGAUUCCGGUGGACACUUUCGUACUUCGCUCUUCUCCUCCUCCGCCGCCCCAGUCGCCUGCGCCGCCACCUCCACCGCCUCCGCCGCUGCGUCAUCAAAAUCCGAGAAGGGCGUAUGAGACCGUUAGACGUAGAGAUCAUAAGGAGAAAGUACCCAACACUAACAGUGUUAUUGUUAAUGAGGCUCAACAAUUCGAGCAGGUUCGAUCUCCGCCACCAACGCCGCCGCCUCCUCCUCCGCCACGUCCUGCAGCGUCGCCAUCGCCAAUGCGGAUUCGGCCGGAGCAUAAACGUAGAAAGAGUAACGUGAAGAAGGAGAUAGCUAUGGUUUGGGCUUCGGUUCUGUCCAACCAGAGAAAGAGGAAGAAGAAGCAAAAGCCCACCAGUAGCAGAGACAUUUACGAUACUGCGACCCACUCUCCGCCAGAACAACAAGUACGAGAAGGAGGAGGAGAAGGAGAGUAUUAUUACACAAGACCACCGCCGUCGCAGCCUCCUCCGCCGCCACCUCCGCCCCCGCCACAUUCUGUAUUUCACAGUCUGUUCAAAAAGGGAAUGAGCAAAGCCAAAAAAGUUCACUCCGUCUCGAAUCCACCAGCUCCACCCCCACCACCUCCACGAUCCACCCCCCCGCCGGGGAGGGUUACGCCCGCCGGGGGCAGGCCGCCAUUGCCCACGAAGACGAACAGUUAUUUAUCCGAGGAGAAUGUGAACAGCGGCUGCCAGAGCCCGUUAAUUCCUGGGGCGCCGCCUCUACCGCCGUUUAAAAUGCCGGAGCUGAGGUUUUGUGUGCGAGGGGACUUCGUUAAGAUACAGAGCGCACAGAGCUCCCGUUGUGGAUCUCCUGAAUUGGAGGACGUUGAUGCAACGCCAGAUAAGGAAGAAGAGUCGGAGUCAAAGUCACAGUCAGAGUCACAUAUUAGAGUCAACGUAAUGGACGGUAGAGAUGGUGGUGGUGGUGGGCCGUCAGUGUUCUGUCCCAGCCCAGAUGUUAAUACGAAAGCUGAUAACUUCAUCGCUAGGCUGAGAGAUGAGUGGAGGCUUGAGAAGAUGAACUCGAUGAGGGAGAAAAAGAAGAUGGCCUAA